AUGAGGUUACUUAGUCUCCUAUCACUACUAUCAAUAGCUGAAGGUAUUGCUUUUCAACCAUUUGAUAAAUCAAAACUACAUUCAUCAUCAAUAUUUGAACAAUUCAAUUAUCCUUCAUUAUCAAAAUCUCCCUGGAAAGUUUCAAAGUCUAAAAAAUAUGAUCAAGGUAGAGAUGAAAUUGUAGAAUAUACCGGAAAAUGGGCAAUUGAGGAACCUUACAAGUAUGCUGGGUUCAAAAAAGAUUUAGGACUUGUUAUGAAAUCAAGAGCAUCACAUUAUUCAAUAUCGUAUAAACUACCACAUUCAAUAGACAAUAAAAAUAAAAAUUUAGUCAUACAAUACGAGGUGAAAUUACAAAAAGGUCUAGAUUGUGGAGGAGCAUAUAUUAAGUUAUUAGAUGAAUCAACUAACUAUCAUUUUUUAAAUUCUGAAACUCCUUAUCAAAUUAUGUUUGGACCAGACAAAUGUGGUAGCGAAAAUAAGAUUCAUUUCAUUAUCCGUAAGUUAUUACCAAAUGGCGAAUAUGAGGAAAAAAUAUUGCAAAAUCCUCCAAUGGCAAGAUAUAAUGAUUUAAGUAACUUAUAUACUUUGAUAAUAAAACCAAAUCAAGAUUUUGAAAUUCGAAUUAAUGGAGAAGUGGCAAAAGCUGGUAAUUUUAAUGGAAAUGUUAAUUUAUUUUCACCAUCUAUAAAUCCUCCAAAAGAAAUCAUUGAUGAAAAUGAUAAACAACCUAAACAUUGGGAUGAUAGAGAAUAUAUACCAGAUCCAAAUGCAAAACCACCCAAAGAUUAUGAAAAAUUACAUCAAUAUCCACAAAUACCAGAUCCCUCAGCUAUAAAACCAGAAAAUUGGGAUGAAGAAGAACCAAGAUAUAUACCCGAUCCACUAGCUAUCAAACCUUUAAAUGCUAAGGAAGAUUGGAAACCACCAUUAAUUGUAAAUCCCAAGUGUGAAACCGGAUGUGGACCAUGGCAACCACCUCUUAUAGCAAAUGCAAAUUACAAAGGUCCUUGGUUCCCACCAGAUAUUAAAAAUCCAAAUUAUAAAGGUAUUUGGAAACCUAGAAAAAUUGCAAACCCAAAUUAUUAUGAAUUGGAAAAUCCAAGUCAAUUGGAUAAACCUAUUGGUGGGAUUGGAUUUGAAUUAUGGAAUAUGGAUGGUGAAGUAUUAUUUGAUAAUAUAUAUUUGGGUAAUUCUAUUAAAGAAGCUGAAUUUAUUGGUAAUACAACAUUUAAAUUAAAAGUUGAAGAAGAAUACAAAAUCAAGAAACAAAAUCAACCAAAGAUUAGGAAUGAGCCUAAACCACCACCAAAGAAUUUUGAGGAUAUAUUAAACGAUGAUGAAAUGACUACUUUUAAGCAGUUUAUAAUAUUUAUAAAAUUAUUUACAUGGAAACAAUAUUUAGAUUUUAAAGAUUUUUAUUUUGAGUUUAUGAUAAAUCCAAUUAAGUUAAUUUUGAACCAUCCAUUACAAGUAGUAGUAUAUGGUACACUAUUUUUGAUGACAACAACUAUUGUUUUCGGAUUCGGAAGUGUAAUAUUAUUUUUAUUGGCAUCAACUGGUACCAAUAACACAUCUAUACAGGAGAUAAGGACCAGAUCAGAUGACGGUGAUGACAUUGUUAUUUUAAAUGGUGGUGUAAAAAGUGAUAGAAUUGAAAUUAUUGAAGAAAUACAAGAUGAAAGAUCUACUAAUGUUGAUGAUCAAUCGAUUCGUCAAAGAGCUAAAUAA